CGCUGCCGGCAAGUGGAUAGAGGGCCACGGGGUUCCGGGGCUGUCAACCCCUGUGGGCCAUAUUGAAUAGUUGGUCUUUUACAGGGGAGGACUGUCGGUCUUGGGUAAACCACUGCCUCCCGUGUCACUGGUGGUGUCGGCCGGGCAGCAAAUAAUUUAACGUAGUUAGACAUGGCCCGUCCGCCUUGUGUGAUCCCGCUGCCAUCCUGCCCGGUUUUCUCGAGUCUGCGUUGGUGGGACAUUUUCACCCCCAACCACCGUACGGCACAGGAGUCGGAGGGUGUGGGUCUGGGCUUUGCUAGGCCCCUGCACUGGGUGGAACCACGCAGCUCCAGGGCAGUGAGGGAACCGACGGAGCGCCAGAGACCCCACGACUCCCUCGGCACCUCCCCCACUCCUCUCCCCUCCCCCCCGCGGGAAUGUUGGAAAACCGGAGACAAACCACCCGCCCCGUGCAAAGUCACAAUGAGGCGGGGCGGGGCUGUUCUGCGGGAGCCAAUGUGCUGCGCGGUUGCCGGGGACGUCACGGCCAAUGGGCAGGCAGCGCGGGACUUUUGAGUCUUCCUCCGCCCAAUCGGGAAAAGGCUGCGCCUAUAAAGGCGGCUGCGCGGGUCGCGCGGAUCGUUGGCGUCUCUGUUCCUGGCGCUGUGCUUUUCGCCGCUCCGCCAUGGCCCGCACGAAGCAGACGGCGCGCAAGUCCACGGGCGGCAAGGCCCCGCGCAAGCAGCUGGCCACCAAGGCGGCCCGCAAGAGCGCGCCGGCCACGGGCGGCGUGAAGAAGCCGCACCGCUACCGGCCCGGCACGGUGGCGCUGCGCGAGAUCCGCCGCUACCAGAAGUCCACCGAGCUGCUGAUCCGCAAGCUGCCGUUCCAGCGGCUGGUGCGCGAGAUCGCGCAGGACUUCAAGACGGACCUGCGCUUCCAGAGCUCGGCCGUGAUGGCGCUGCAGGAGGCGAGCGAGGCCUACCUGGUGGGGCUGUUCGAGGACACCAACCUGUGCGCCAUCCACGCCAAGAGGGUGACCAUCAUGCCCAAGGACAUCCAGCUGGCGCGCCGCAUCCGCGGGGAGCGGGCCUGAGACGGGUCGCCCUCCGCCGUCGCAUCCAUCCAAAGGCUCUUUUCAGAGCCACCCACAGGACCUUGGAAGGAGCUGUUGACUUGGUUGGUUUUUGGGUAUUCCUGGCUGGGUGGGUCUCGGGCCUCACGAAGAACCUCAAGACCUGGCUUGUUCUAAUUAUCCUGACCUUGGCUUUUUUUUUUUUUUUUUUAGCUCGGUAGUUUUGUUGGCAGAAUCACACCAAACGGAAGGGUGUCGUUUUUAACUGCGGUCUUCCUUCCCUACUAAUUUAGAAAGGGGUCGGCAAGCAGUGUAGCUCUUCCCCUCGGAAUCCUUGCCCUGCCCCGGGCUCUGCAAUUUCCAGAGCACGCAUCUGCGUCUGCGCAUUCCAGGUCUACUCUAACUUACAGGGAGCUCCCUGCUCCUGUUCAAGUUCUCUUAGUUGGACAUUAACACUACCUUUGGGAGUGCACAUUAAUUUGAGUAGAAACAAGGGAUUUGUCACUUGCUGGGCCAGCCCCCUCGUUUGGCCAACUGACCAAGAUGGACUCUGGCUGGCUAUUGGACCCUGGACCAUCUAGCCUCCUGUCCAUAAUUAACUCAUUAGGUCAGUAUGAGAGAUUACUGUGUUUGGUUGUCAGUGCUAACUAGGCCACUGUCAGCAAUAUUCGGUGUCACUCAUUCCUACCUUCCCUUAUCUUUUGUCAAUAUUGGGAGCCCACCUGACCUGAGGGUUCUCCCUUGAGCUGUUAACAUCUUAGAAUGUUUAGUGUGUGUUGUGAGGCCUGUUAGGAUUCGGGAUUGACCAGAGUGACAUGAGGAAUACAAGGAAGAGAAAUCAACCCCAAAGGCACAGACUUGAUUGGAAUAUACCGAGUGGCAGCCUUCUCCCAUGGUAAAUGAGCACGGUGGGCCCCUUGGGUGGGUGGGGAUUUUAAGGAGUUAGGCUUCAGGGCAGCCUGAGAUGAGGGAACCAUGGGUAGAGCUUUGGGUCUCUAUUCUCUUUACCUUUUUUUUUUUU